GUUUCCCCAUGCUGCAUCCCUUAUGGUCAACAGCACAUAUGUCGACGACUUCGCCGCAGGGGCAGAAAACGAAGUUGAGGUAAUCGCACUGUACUACGAGCUUACUUCCCUUAUGAAACAAAUUCGACUCCCUAUGGCAAAAUGGGCCUCAAAUUCCGCGCAGUUGAAAACAGUUUGGACUGCUGAGGGACAGAGAUUCGACGCAGAAACCCAAGUAUUGGGCGUCGAUUGGAAUACAGAAACCGAUACAUUCUCCAUCGACCAUGAGGUCAUUACAAACAAGGUAGCAAAAGGACCCACCACAAAAAGGAACGUGCUGAAAGCCGCGGCCACACUUUAUGAUCCCCUUGGCCUAGCAUCGCCUGUUUCCAUCAUUGGGAAAAGAUUAUUCCAGGAUACAUGGUGUCGAGGGAUGGACUGGGACGAACUCCUACCACAAGACCUUGGACUACAGUGGCACACGUGGGUAGCGACACUACCAUCCUUAUCAAGCAUACAUAUUCCCCGUUGUGUACACACUUCGGAAGAUGGUGAUUCUCACAUCCAUGUCUUUUGCGAUGCCUCCGAACGGGCGUAUGGUGCGGCACUAUACAUCAGAACGGAGGGUAAGGACCGGGUCAGGGUCCAGCUGGUCUGCAGCAAAAACAGACUUGCGCCUGUAAAGAAGGUGACCUUACCACGACUGGAGCUCCUCGCAGCACUGAUAGGUGCCAGGCUGCUACGCUAUUACUGUCGGGAGACGGGGUUCCACAGUCAAGCAGCAACUCUUUGGACUGACUCCAUGGUGACCUUAGGCUGGAUACGUGAAGACCCAAACCGCUGGAGAACCUUCGUAUGCAACAGGGUUACGGAAAUACAAACGUGCACUACGCCUUCGCAAUGGAGACACUGCCCUGGAGAAAGCAAUCCAGCGGAUCAUCUUUCGAGGGGAAUCACAGCAGAUCGACUGAAGACUUUGGAUAAAUGGUGGCAUGGACCUUCAUGGCUAUCUCUUCCUCCGCGAGAAUGGCCCAAGAACCUUCCCACUUCAAGCAGCCCGCUGCCAGACGAAAAACGCCCGUGGACCCAACCAGUUCUUCUUUUGGGAAUUCAUUCUUCAUUGAUAGAUGCUACGAGAUUCAGUUCCUACUGGAAGUUGAUACGCACGACCGCUUGGAUAUUUCGUUUCAAACAAUCACUACUCCGCCGAGAGAGACUUCGAGGCGAACUGACUGCGGCGGAACUCGCGGCGGCUCGUGCCUACUGGAUUCAGACUGUACAAGAGGAAUGCUUCGCUAUCGAGCUUUAUGCACUUCGGAACAACACACCACUACCGGAAGAAUCCAAAAUCGCUUGUUUCAACCCAUUCUUAGACUCUGGACUCAUUCGUCUCGGCGGACGGCUACACUUUGCACCGCUAACGAGAGAGCAGCGUCACCCACUCCUACUCGAUGGGCAACAUCACUUCACGAAAUUGCUAAUACAACAGACACACAUUCGCCUACAUCAUCUCGGACUUCGCAUGGUGUUGUCAGAGCUGAGAGAUGAAUUUUGGAUCCUGAGAGCCCGACAGACGAUAAAAAAGGCACUACACCACUGCCUGCCCUGCAAAAUUGCGAAAAACACCCGAGGCCAAGAAAUUGAAGCACCACUGCCAGCCGAUCGUCUCAAACCCACUAAGCCCUUCACUGUCACCGGUGUUGAUUUCGCAGGUCCCCUCUAUGUCAAGGUGGGGAGCCUGACACAGAAAGCUUACAUCGUACUCUUCACCUGCGCAACAACCAGAGCUCUGCAUCUUGAGCUUGCCUCGGAUAUGGGUACCGACAAGUUUCUAAUGGCCUUUAGACGGUUCUCCGGAAGAAGAGGAAUCCCACACACCAUAUACUCUGACAACGCGAGGACGUUCCACGCUGCUAACAAGGAGUUAUCACAGCUUAGUCAGGUUUUUGCCGACCAACGAACAAGCCAGCACUUUGCCCACAAUGGUAUCUCGUGGAAAUUCAUCGCAUCACGGGCGGCUUGGUGGGGAGGCUGCUGGGAACGAAUGGUUGGAACAGUAAAACGUUGCCUAAGAAAGGUGUUGGGUAAAAGCCAAAUCAAUCAAGAAGCCCUUGGAACACUGUUAGUGGAAGUAGAAGCCGCCAUAAACUCUAGACCAAUCGUUCAAGACGACUCUGAUGUGCUGACGCCAAGUCACUUUCUAAAUGGUGAACGCUUGACGGCAUUGCCCACCGGUCCGGAGCCCACCACCCGAGACAACCUCAGAAAAGAAGCCAGACUUAGGGAGAAAAUGCAGGAAGACUUCCUAAAGCGGUGGCAGAAGGAGUAUCUCCUCGAACUGCGAAGUUAUCACCAGGUACGGCGCCCUAAAGAAAGAUCUAAGGAAUAUCGUGUAGGAGAUAUCGUUUUACUUCAGGACGAUCUACGACCACGGCACAUGUGGCAGAAGGCUCGAAUCCACGAAACGCGACCUGGCCGGGACGGAAAGGUGCGGACAGUUAUCCUCCGGACCGCCAACGGUACCAACGUCAGCAGACCUGUGCAGCUGGUCAUCCCACUGGAGAUCGACCAGGGUGGGGAGGAUGUGGAGGACUGACGUCUCUUAAGUACAACUGCACCACCAUCACAUUGCUUCCUCUAUGUAAUACGUUCCUCUCCUA